AUGUCAUCAGUUCCUAAUCGCGGAGAUCCCUGCUCAGGCUUCCCCGGCCAAAACUGUGAAAACUCCCUUGUAGCUGGUGGACAAGCUGCUCAAGAAGCUAAACUUGAAGACAAGACUGAAGAAUCUGCUCCUAAAGAAGAUACUUCUAGUGACAAGUCUUCUAUUCUUAUUAAAGCUGCUUCUGGAUCUAGUACACUUGGUACUGUCGGUGGAGUAGUGGGCGACCAAAGGGAGUCUCUAGAAUAG